CCUCAAAUUCAAAAUUUGAGAGAGAGAGAGAGAGAGAGAGAGAGAUGAGUGGCACAGAGAGCUUGGUAGAAGUGGCGUUGCGAGUCCUGAACACGGCCGAUCCAGUUGAGAAGGCCCGACUCGGCGACGAAGUGGCCAACAAAUGGCUUCAAGGUCUCAUCACUCAACCCUACGACCCGUCUCAACACUUCACCGUGCCGGAUCGACCCGCCAGACUCACCAAUGUAAAGCUAGUGUCACCCAGUCUGAUGCCGAAGCUUGGGAAGGCUGGAAGCUUACAGAGCAGACAGGCUAUUGUGCACAGUCUUGUUCACACUGAAAGCUGGGCCAUUGACUUGUCUUGGGAUAUAAUUGCUCGUUUUGGUAAUCAAGAGGCAAUGCCGAGAGAGUUCUUCACCGAUUUUGUAAAGGUGGCUCAAGAUGAAGGCCGGCACUUCAGCCUCCUUGCAGCAAGGCUUGAGGAACUGGGUUCUUUCUAUGGAGCACUGCCAGCUCAUGAUGGCCUUUGGGAUUCAGCCACUGCUACUUCUGAGGAUUUGUUAGCACGCCUGGCUGUUGAACAUUGUGUUCAUGAGGCUAGAGGGCUUGAUGUGCUGCCCACAACCAUCUCUCGCUUCCGCAAUGGAGGUGAUAAUCAGACAGCUGAUUUACUAGAGAAGGUAAUUUACCCAGAAGAGAUUACCCAUUGUGCUGCUGGAGUAAAAUGGUUCAAGUAUCUUUGUUUGAGGUCGAAAAACUUAGUUGAUGAGAGCAGCAUGGUCUUUGAAGAAGGUGGAGCCAGAGAGAGUGACAGAAUAAUGGAGGAGAAUGACGAGGUGAUUCAGAAGUUCCAUGCAACUGUGAGGACGCACUUCAGGGGGCCAUUGAAGCCUCCUUUUAAUGAGGCAGCAAGAAAAGCUGCCGGGUUUGGCCCUCAAUGGUAUGAACCUCUUGCUGUUAAAGACGUCAUACCAGAAUGAUAGACUAUUAUUUCAAUUCUAGUUAGCAACAAUCAUCAUCAUAUAGGUUGAUGCAAUAAAAUCAUAUAUAUUUAUUUAUUUUUAACAUUGUUGUUGCUGUUGUUGAUAUUAUUAUUCUGUUUUCUGUGAUUUUACAAAGCAAAUAUGUGUCCACAUAUUUAAGUAAGCUUUUCUUUGGCAAA